AUGAGCGUCCUUGUACCCACCAAGUUUCCCAGCGUUGCUGCUGUCAUGCUUGCCUGUGUUGCAUCUCUGUUUUGCCUGCUUCUUGCACGCAUAUUGUACAGCUUUAUGCGCUUCUGGUCUUGUUCUUCUUUAUCAACAGCGUCUGACCAGAAGACGCCUGCUUGGUCGUCUUUGUUGUCGCUGCCCAACUUGUGGAGUCGGUCUUUGCAGCAUGCUCUCCCAGCAUCACUACCCUUUUCAUUCACCAUCCCGGAGAAACCCUCACCUGAGGUUGGUACAGGAGCCGGUGUAGGACUUUCACCUCAACGUCUCGAAUCUCUCCCCGGUAACUGGCGGUUGUGUCGACGGCCAUUCCAGCCAUCACCACCGGCCGUGUACCAAAAUCCCGCGCCUCUCUCCAUGGCAAAGCUCAUCAUGUCACGCCACACAUUUCGCCGCCCAAAUCCAAACCGUCCACGAAGAUCUUCUACUGCAUCCUCAUCCCGUCCCCCACAGCCGACCUCUCAGCUGUUCCACUCCAUAGCAUAA